CAGAGACAAUCCACUCACCCACCCACCCAACUCCUCAAACCUUCUCCGGGCUCGUAGCUACCCAUCCCCACCCCCCUCGCCAACUGUUCCACCUUCCAGGCGGUUCGUCAAUCCAUCUUCUUCAACCACCAACUGUUCACGGUUACCUUUACCGGUCUACCAGGACUCCAAGUUUCCUCAACUUUACUACACGGCUCGAUCUACUCGUGUUCAUCAACCCAAAACUUCAAUAAAAAUGUCCGCUCCAGUCGACAGUGUCACCGCCCAGAUGGCCACCACCUCCCUUGACAACAAUGCUCCCACCACCGAGAGCACUGGCGCCGCCGCCCAGACCACGUCCGCCGAGGACGAGGCUGUGCGUGCGAGCGCCGCCGAGGGCAGGCGACUUUACAUUGGAAACCUCGCAUAUGCGACCAACGAGGGGGAGUUGAAGGACUUCUUCAAGGACUAUCUGGUCGAGUCCACGACCAUCCCCACCAACCCCCGCACCUCGCGCCCCGUCGGAUACGCCUUCGUUGCGCUCUCGACCCCCUCCGAGGCCGAGCGUGCCAUCGCUGAGCUCAACGGCAAGGCCAUCCUUGACCGCAAGGUCUCCAUCCAGCUUGCCCGUACUCCCGAGGCUCACGCCGAGGGCACUGGCAGCGGUGCCGAGGGUGCUGCCGGUGACAACCGCCGCCGUGGUUCUACCCGUGGACGUGGUCGCGGUCGUGGCCGUGGUGGCCGCGCCGGACGUGGUGGACGUGCUGCCGACGGAACCGAGGGUGCUGAACAGGUCGAGCCCACUGAUGCCGCUCCUGUUGAAUCUACCCCCACAAAUGUACCCAGCCAAGCCACUGAGAAAACAAACGAAGCGCUUACAGUUGAAAAGGGUGCCAAGACCGACAAAGAUGCCGCUCCCCGAGAGCCCCGCGAGCGCAAGCAGCGUGGUCCUCCCGAGGAUGGCGUUCCCUCCAAGACCAAGGUCAUGGUUGCCAACCUGCCUUACGACCUGAAGGAGGACAGGCUCCUUGAGAUCUUCAAGGACUACUCCCCCACCCAGGCCAAGAUCGCCCUCCGCCCCAUCCCCCGCUUCAUGGUCAAGAAGUUGCAGGCUCGCGGUGAGCCCCGCAAGGGCCGUGGUUUCGGUUUCGUUACCCUCGGCUCUGAGGAGCUCCAGCAGAAGGCUUGUAGCGAGAUGAACGGCAAGGAGAUUGAGGGCCGUGAGAUCGCCGUUAAGGUCGCGAUUGACUCGCCCGGCAAGGAGGACGACGACCAGGUCACCGCCGAGGGCGAGACCGCCACCACUGACGCUCCUGCCACCGACGCCGCCGAGAAGUCCACCGAGUCCCCCGCUGUGACCGCCGCUUAGAUUGCGGCUGCCGCUUGAGACGCGCUCACUUGACCUUCAUGUGGACGCGUCGGCAUUGUGUUUUGCACUGCGGAUUUGUGUACACGAAGUUCUGCACCCUUAUCGACAUCUACCAUUACCUUGAUAGACAUAUAGGCUGCGGCUCUUCAUCAUCCUAGUUCGUCCAAGUUAGCGGGUUAUCGGCAAAAGUUUAUUCGGGAGUCUAUCAGGCUGGUGUCUAUGGUGGACCAUUUCUCCGAGUUUACGGUUUACGGAAAACUCGUUUGACUAGUUCGAGCGAGAGCACGACAUGAAUAUAAAUGAGUAAAACUGCCUUCUGAUCCACUGCGGAUCAGGGUAAUGAAUGACGAG